AUGUUUGAAUUUAUAAAAGAAUUCAUAUAAUUUGAUGAUUCAAUACAUGCCGUAUUUAAGGAUUAAUCGGCAUUGAUAUAUUCAAACGCAGGGACUCUAAGUUAUUUUAAUAGCAAAGGAGAGAGAAGCAGAAUCAAAGUGGAGAAUUGUAGAAAAUACGACAACAUACAAGAGAAGGUCAAAGAAGUGCUAUAGGUGGCAUCCAAGUAUACGUAUCUCAAUUCCGAUUAAAUAAUUUAUGAAGAGGCAGUUAAGAUGAAGAAAAUUUAAACUAUUAUUUGGCCACUCGAAUAUUAAAUUGAGAAUGACUAUGCUAUAUUAAAAUCAAUAGAUGGUUAUGCCUUAAUGAAAUUGAAUCUAUAAACAUUCUAAAUAUCUUUGCAAUACUAUUCUUGUAAUUAAACUGUAGCUGUUGUUAAGGAAAUUGAAAAUGAAACCAAUUUUGUGAAUAAUUUCAUUAAGAAAUAUAAUCUUGGGGGUACCAAAUCAACAGCAGCCAGCAUAGAUUGUGGAAUAGGGUACACAUAUAGAAUUCUCAAUAAAGAAUACAGUUUGAUCAACUUUCCAAUCUAAUGGAUAGCACCCUUCUUUGUUUUAGUAAAAGAUUUCUUAAAUAACGAAAAAUUAUAAUAUCUAGACAUCUAAUUUCCAACAGAAUUGAUAGAAUACAUCCUGAAUGAAUAGGAGGAAAUGUAAGACUAUUUUUAUGAGACGUACAAUUGCUAUAAAAUAAAGGAUUAGUUGGUUACUAAAAUCUUAAUAGAUCAACCUAUUAAGACUAUACAAGUGAAUGACAAUGUGUCUCCAAUCAUGAAUAAGAUUAGUUAAAUUAAUUUGGGAAGACCAAUCUUUAUGUUUACAAACUAAGCCUAAUUUUGGUUUUAAGUAGAUGGAGGGAUCGGAUUGAUUAAUGAGUAACUUUUACUUAGAGAUGGGAUAUUUUGGGAAUAUGGAUAAUAGAAAUGGGAGUAAUCAAUAUAUAAUGAUAAAUACAAUCUAAGUGCCUUUGAUGUAUAUUGCAAACUUAUAAAUACGAAAUACAAAUCAAAUAUGAAUUUGAUCAUCACCUAACUAUAGGAGAAGCAAAAGCCUGUUGAGUAUUAUAGAGUAGAAUAAGGAAAUUUCGAAGAGUUAAGGAAGGUUGAUUUACGGGAAGUUGGGGAAUUCUUAUUAUUAAAGAAUGGGACAGUGAAGGCUAAGUUUGUUGAUAGGACUGUGAUCACAUUUAAGUAUCCUCCACCUUGUACUAUCAAAAUAAUUUCUUAAUUUGGAUUGAUUAAUAACGUAGAGUUCUGUCCAGUCUAGGAUGAUAGAUUGUGUAUCACUUAUAAUCACUACCUUGAAUAUUUUCAACCUGAAUUGCUGGUUUAUAUGCAAUAUUGUUUGAAACUGGCAGAAGAGUCGUACAUCAUUCCAGAGAUAUUUUAGUAAAGGGAAUCUCAUUCCACUCAACUGUCCUCUUGGAUUGAACAAGAAAUGGAAAAAAAUUAAAGAUUCCUCGUUUAUAGUGGGAAGUACAGUUGUCAAGAAGUGAAUGAACCUUAGGAAGAAUAAUCUUUGGAUGAACGAAUUUAAUUGUUACUCACAGCAAAUUAAGAAAUGUUAUAAAAAUUAAAGAAAUGA